AUGGCCCUGUCCUUUUCUUUACUGAUGGCUGUGCUGGUGCUCAGCUACAAAUCCAUCUGUUCUCUGGGCUGUGAUCUGCCUCAGACCCACAGCCUGCGUAAUAGGAGGGCCUUGAUACUCCUGGCACAAAUGGGAAGAAUCUCUCCGUUCUCCUGCCUGAAGGACAGACAUCAAUUCAGAUUCCCCGAGGAGGAGUUUGAUGGCAACCAGUUCCAGAAGACUCAAGCCAUCUCUGUCCUCCACGAGAUGAUCCAGCAGACCUUCAAUCUCUUCAGCACAGAGGACUCAUCUGCUGCUUGGGAACAGAGCCUCCUAGAAAAAUUUUCCACUGAACUUUACCAGCAACUGAAUGACCUGGAAGCCUGCGUGAUACAGGAGGUUGGGGUGGAAGAGACUCCCCUGAUGAAUGAGGACUCCAUCCUGGCUGUGAGGAAAUACUUCCAAAGAAUCACUCUUUAUCUAACAGACAAGAAAUACAGCCCUUGUGCCUGGGAGGUUGUCAGAGCAGAAAUCAUGAGAUCCUUCUCUUUUUCAACAAACUUGCAAAAAGGAUUAAGGAGGAAGGAUUGA